AGAAUACUACACAGAACAGCCAAUUACAGCAGCAUUGUAAAUAAACUGUUCGGAAUACAAUCGACUCCAUUUGUUGGAUAUUUCAGUGAAUUAUUCGCUGAUGUUUUGAGUUAAACAUGUUCAAAAGAUGCACUAAGUAUCCAUAAUGGCGAUGAUGCACAAAGAGUACCCCGACAAAAGGGGAUUUCUUGCGUGGGAUGAAAUUGGGUGCGUAGUGAGAGCAUUAGGGUUUCCUACUGAAAUCUUAUCAGUAAACAUCCCUGAUGACUUGGUAACUGAAGGGAGGGGAGUCACAGUCAAGGCAUUUACUAUGAUGAUAGAUCAGCAGUACUUCGACAAGAUUAUAGACAGGACGUUUAACCAUCAUACAGCCGACUGGAAUGCUUGCGUACUGAAGAAAGCAGUACGAUUGGUCAAUAAUCACUUCCUAACGCUCACAGAGUUGCACAACGUGCGUGUGGCGUACCAGAUCUAUGAAGCCGCUGAUACCAAAGGCAUGUUGGCUGAGGAAAAAACGUUACUCCGAUCUCUGAAGAUGUGUGGUCGCACAAUUGCCCCAUUGAAGUUAAUGCACCGUAUCAAACACAUGUCCGAUAACUUGGAGGAAGCUAGUCGAAUUCAACUCUACGAAUACAUGGACCUCAUAUUAUGGUGUGACCUGUACAAUAAGAUUGAGGUAGAGAUGCCCCAUAUUCUCUAUGGGAAGGAUGACAGUAAUCUCUUUAAGAUGAAUGACUUCAAAUCACUGCUGUAUCACUAUGAUGAGCGUCUUGCUAGUCAACUUAAUGAAGUCUACCUGAAGGAAGAAUGGAGCUUUGGGAAGGGAAAACAUGCCAGUAAGAAAGCCCCUAAAGAACCACCUGUCAAAACCACAGAGGGGAGAAUAGCAAGAGUUAAGAAGGACCAAGAACGCUACAAGCCGCUGCAAGCUGAGGUGAAGAAGUCCCAGAGUGAAGUAGACCAUACUAAGGCUGGGUAUGUACGUGGUCGACCUGUCUCUGCCCCAGAAAUUGGAAUAUAUGCAAGAAGUACUCCAUCUGGCCAAUGUUCUACCAUUGAGGGAAGGAAUCAGACUGUCUAUGAGAGCAUGGAGCAUGUGCUCAGACCCCGCAAGUCAAGAACAAGUAAUAUUAAAGAUGAGAUUCCGCGUCCUAAAUUGGAGCCAUAUACUCGCCCAAAGACCCCUUGUGCUGUAACCAAUGAAGAACUUAAUGAUACUGAAAACAUGAUUGAGGAUCUUGAGUUCCAUAUGGAAUCUCUGGAACUGAAAUACUCUCAAAUACUCAACGAUAACUAUGAUAUGCGUAUGCCAGGGUAUAGAAUGCGUAUGGCUGAGAGGGCCCAAAUUGCAGCACAGAAGAUAGCAGAUGGUGUCAGGCCAAACACAGCUCCUUCACUCUCGGACCAUAGAACAGAGACACCAUUAGACAAGGAAGUUGGGCCCGAUAUUGAACACCUAACAAAGAUGGCGUACACAAGACGUGGAGGUCCAAGGCCAGCUCAUGGUAGAUCAUGUGAUGCAAGGUUCAGAGGUUGGGAUCAAGUUCGCAAAUCCCGGGGAAAACACUAUGUACUUGCUGACCCUACCUACACAGCAAAAUUCGAAACUGGAAAAAUGCAACUGAAGAAGCAUCGCAGAGAUAUGAAGCAUAUAAAGAAUGUACGCAAGAAUGACAAUAUUUAUAGAUAUACAUUCCAAUCUCAAGUUGUGGAUACUCAACGUCCUAUAACAGCACCAUCUAUGUUAGGUGGCUACGAAUCACUAGGUGAAGUCAUUGAAAAAUAUGAUCCUGAUGCCAUAGCAGCAAAUCUACAAGCUCAAGUUCAAACAGGAAGUGAAUUAUCCGAGAGCCAUGAUAGGUCAACUUUCUCAAAAACUAGAGGCAGUAUUAUAUCUGAUGAUUCAUCUGAUAUUAAAAGCAUUCAUGACUUUGCUCUUUACAAAGAUGAACCAAAAGCAAAUGAAAGUAAUGUCUUCCUUGAGUUAGAGAAGAAGGAGAAUAUGAAUAAAACAAAUAAAAAACAUAAAAAGGGUCAUAAACAUGAACUUGAUUCGGGAAAGGUGAUUGAUAUGGGCAAGUUAGGCCCCAUAAAUGUCAUGGAAAACAUCAUUGAGACUGCGACACCAUUGCCUGAUAUCUCUACACCAGUGCCAAAUAACCUUACAGCAUUACCUAGUAUAACGCCGCAGCAAAAAGAAGUUCCAGUAUUAAAGGAAAGCAACCCUGAGAUUAAUCCAACAAUGGAACCUGAUAAGCCUGAAAAUUCAAGUGUGAUAAUGGAAGACCCUGAAAGGAAAUUAGCAAGUAUCUCUAGUAUUGUAGACAAAGCAGAAACCAGUACAAUUAUAGGGGGAAACCUGACAAGUGAAAAUACAUCCUUUAGAAGUGUUUCACCACCAAAAGAACGCAAGAAAUUCUUACGUCUUGCAGACAGGGUUGAUAAUGACAUUUCAAAGCUAAUGAAACGCAGGCUCAAAUUUGGAUUUAUCAAUAAACUCAAAUAUAAUGUGAAUCUCACAUCUGAAGUUACGGCAUAAUGAGGGAAAUGUCUAUUAACCCUGAUUAUUUCAUCUUUUGACUUGAUCCUUAUAUUUUUGGUUGGGUAAGCAUAAAUGUUAUGAUUAAUGGUCAAAAUAUUAAUGUAUCUGCCAAGUUUUCGGUGAAUGUUGGGAAAUGGUAAUGUUCAUGGUUGGUUGCCUAGUCUGGAAGAAACAAACAUAAACAUGAAAAAUAUUAAUCAAAUGGAAAACAAAUCUAAAUUUAAGUAGUUGGGGAUUGCACCCAAACAUUGUUACAUGUCAGAUCACAAUGUUAUUGCCAAACAAUUUACUUAUAACAGUAUACAAAUAUAAAAUGGCUUGGGACACAGUACAAGACCACUACUGCCAUUCUCCCUUCAACCUAAUCCCUAUAUUAGCCUUGAUACACUGGCUGUAUUACCCCCUCCCAGCUCCAAAUGAAAGAAACCUUGUAUCCCGGUGUGUAUGGAUGCUUUAAUGUGCUCCAUUAUAUAUAGUGUACCUGUGAUGUUAAGUAUUUUACCUGUGAUAACAAGAACUGUACCUGUGAAAUCAAAGAUGACAUUGUGACUUGUGUCGUCAAUUUGUAAUCAAAUUUUAUAAAUUACUAUCAUGUGUAAGGUAUACAAAUUCUACACAUGAACAUUAUACUCACGUAUUAUCUGUGAUAAUCAAGUGUUGAAUAUCAGUGAUAAACCAGACAGCAUUAUGUAAUGAAUAAUACUCAAUUGAUGCAAGACAUCCUCCUAAGCAGGUGUCCAGAAUCCGUUCCUCCUUCUCUCCCCCCCCCCUGCUAUAAUCA